UUUCACUUGCAGUUUCACUCACUCACUGACUGACUUGACUACUGCUGGUAGCUCCCUGAUAGCCAUUACACCAUUGUUCCGCUGACUCUGGUAGAAGACUCGUACUAGGAGGAGGGACGAGCUGUGACGUCAGCGAUACUUCUUUUAAGACCUGAUAGAAUCCAUUGAUUAUUUGGUCAAACAGUUAUUUUAGCUGGCUUUGGCUGUGAUUACGGUGACAGUGGUUUAGAGUCUAAAGGAAAAUCGGAGCAGAUUACGGUACUAGCUAAGCAUUUCCAACAUUUAAUGUGCCUAGCGCCUAGCUUUUUAUUCCAGCGAGUGAAGCGUAUGGCUGAACAUUUCAGCUUACAGUUGAGGUUGUAGGUCCGCCGUGGUAAACAAACCACUCCAACCAAACCCGAUUCAUCAAUCCUAGCCAAUUCUUUAGUAAUAUUAGUCACUUUUGCGCUCUUGCGCAAUUGUCGUUUUCAGGUCCUAGGUCUACCGUCUAGACGCUCGCGGCUCAGCUUGAGUCUAAAAUGGCAGAAGUUAAGUCUCAGGAGCUUGAACCCGAUGGGGUGGAUUCUAGGGUUAUCGGAGACGACCGACCUGCACCGCACAGCAAACCUUCUUAUGGCACGUUCCUGCGCGGGAUGUGGCCGUUCAGUCACAGCGCCAGGUAUCACUCCCACUACAGUCACACUCACGGCAAUCACGCCAUCACGCACACUCGCUCCCUGAAAGAAUCAAUUAAGCACCACCUUUCUCCUGACCUCAAAUCAUCCGAACCUACAACCGAACCUACAACUUCCGAUCCUCUAACCGAACCUGGCACGCCAGAGCUAGAGCAAGCACGCCGUUCCCCGGGAAAACGAGGCUUUCUCGGCCUGCUGCAAUCCCGAUCCCGCCGAGACCGAACCUCAUCCCAUUCCUCGUCUCUAGGCUCGGAAUCUAGCUGCAGGACAGGAGGGAAGUCUGUACCCGGACUUAUGUCAGGCCGACGCAAGGUGGUGUCAAGGUCCUCCAGUGGGAAAGAGGCGGCAAGUGAAAAGGAGAUUAAAACUAUUUCUGGCGAAGAAAUCAAAUCUAACGCUGGCGAUGGGGCUUCUGCUGGGGUGAUUGGGGAAGCGACAGUGGCGAACGGAUGCGAUGGGGGAGAAGCGUCGCAGGCCAUGUCGCACACGUCGCCGUCGCAGUCGCACACGUCGCCGUCACAGUCGCAGUCGUCGGAUCUGCAGCUGGGGAACGCGCUGAAGAAGACGAACGUGAAGGUUCUGGACGAUGACGAAGUUCGCCAGACGUUCGCAGGCCCUUCGCGAAUGGAGGUGGACGAAGGGCCAAGGCACGAAGGGACUGGGGUUUCACAAGGCAAUGACAUGGAGGGGGAGGGGGAGGUGACCAGUGCGGGUUCUGUCAGCAGUCUAGUGCGAGAGGCGGAGAAUCCUCCGGUUGAAGAGGUGGGGAAGAAAGCAGUGACAGAUGCUGCUGGUGCUGCUGGUGCUGCUGGUGCUGCUGGUGCUGCUGGUGCUGCUGGUGCUGCUGCCGCGCCUGCUCCUGCCGCGCCUGCUCUUGCUGCUGUUCCACUGGCUGAGGCGAAGGCAAUGGAGCAUGGCAUGCUGGAAUUGACUAUGAAUGAAGGGCCAGCGCGCAGUGAAGGGACGAUGAGUGAAGGGAUGGUGAGUGGAGGGCCAGCAGCACGCAUCAGCGGUGGCAUGGCGGAUGCUGAUGGGUCUUCGCUUGGGCCGUCUGCCAGUGAUGGGCCGUUGCACGUGAUUGCUGCUGUUGCUCCUGCUGCUGCUGUUGCUGCAGAUAGUGGUCCCGCGGUAGCGACACAGGAGGCGGGGGAGCAACAGGAGGGGGGGGUGGAGGCGGAGGAAGAGGAGGAGGAGGAGAGGGGAGGAAGAAAAGGGGAGGAGGGGGAAAAGGAGGAGGGAAGGGAGGGUGAGGAGGGGGAAGAGGAGGGAAGAGAGGGGGAGGAGGGGAUAGAGGAGGAGACAGAGGGGAUCGAGGAGGUGAGUGGAAGGGAGGAGGGGAGGGAGGAGGGGAGGGAGGAGGGGAGAGAGGAGGAAGGAGAGCUUGUUACAAUGGGUAAUGGGGUUUGUGUUGGGGAGGAUGUAUUCGUGGAGGACGGGAUGAAGGAGGAUCAAUGUGCGGCAGAACAGACUGCUCGUGCUGCCACCUCUGCUGCUGCUGCUGCUGCUGCUCAUGCUGCUGCUGCUGCUCAUGCUGCAUCCCAACCCACCUCACCGAAAACCCCCGUUUCUCUGGACGAGUGUCUACACCUCCUGAUGAGUGUAGACGAAGGGGACAUGGCGGCAGGUCUGGUAGCUGCAGCAAGCCACGUGGCGUGCGGAGACACGGACGCGGUGCAUGAUGUGUUUGACGCCCUGCCCUUCCAUUUCGUUCGAACGCUGCUAGAAGACUCGGUGGAGACGAGUUCGGAUGAGACAGCAGCACCGGCACCAACGCACGAUUUAGAAUCAUCAUCGUCAUCAGCAGCAGCACCAGCACCAGCAGCAGCAGCAGUGUCCGUGCUUGUGGUGGUUACUCAGCAACCAGACCUGGCCUGUCUGCCUCCUGUGCUCCGUCUGCUGGCGCCCCUGGCGCAGAUCAUGCUUCAUGGGCGGACAGCUUCUCUCGUCCACGACGCCUGCCGCUGUGUGCUUGCCAUCGGGCAAGGGUCAGAGGAGGGCGCUCGGGCGUGCAGGGAGCAAGGCGUGCUUGGGGUGGUCGCCCGCUCUCUUGCUGUAAUUACAGACUCGUCCUGCUCAUCUGUUGCCAUGCAACUGCUCAGCCUUCUUCUUCCCUCUGCAUCUCCUCUCGACGUUUCAAAACACAAGGACUCGCUUGUUGCUGCAGUCCCAGCCCUGGCAAGGCAGGUGGCAUCAGGGGAAGGCAGCAGCAAGCACGAGGCGGUCACGCUGCUCCUUGCCUUGCUCUCAAGAGCACAGCGGGAAACUGGGGGUCCUUCAUCGUUUGAGGUGCAUCUAACCACAGCUGGGCAGGAGGCGUCAUGUGGCGUGGCAGAGGGCCUGAAGGGCGUGGAGCCCGUGAUUGCUGGCCGGGAGUGGGCGGCAGACCUUCGGGACGGCAUUCAGGGCAUUCUCUCCUCUUCUCCCACUGCUUCAGCUGCGUGCCAGCAGGACGCUUUCCACCUGGCUCACGUGGUUACCAGCAUUCUUGGAGACGGCUGGCUGGCUGGGUGUUCUGGAAAUACACCUGACAAAUCUCCUGACUCUGUUGCUCCAGCAAACGUUCUGGCAUACGGUUUCCUCUUGGCUCUGCUGCAAACAACGAAGCAAGAGAUCCCCUCUCUUCUCGACUCCCUGGCGCAUUUGACUAUUGAAACUGACCCCAAAUCUGACCCCAAAUCUGACCCCGAGACUGACCCUGAGACUGACCCCAAUACUGAAACCAACUCUGACCCUGAUCUAACACAGGGCAGCUUAGAUGGCAAAAGUAUGAGCAAGCUAACUGGCACCUCCACUAAUGCUGACCAGAGCAAGCUUAAUGCUGAUGCUGCAUGGGCCGCUCUAGGGGGAAAUCUGGACCGAUUUGGGCCUGGAAACGCUGGUUUUGAGGGAGGGGGAGGAGGAGGGGGAGGAGGAGGAGGUUUGGCGAGAUCUGGGGGACUGGCUAGGCCGGGGGGUGGCUUAGGGGGAGGGGGAGGCGAGGGUUUGGAUCGAAUGAAUUCGAUUGUUCCCACGAAUGAGGACUGGCGGUCAGUGGUGAAAGAUAUGAAGGAUGCGGUAUGGGAACCACCUACUAACGCGGAUGGGGAAGGAGGAGGAGGAGGGGGAGGGGAGGGUGGUCUAAGGGAGGUUAGUCUGGAGGAGUUUACUGCCAUGGAGGAGGAGGGGGGAGGUGUGGAGGAUGCCGGACCUCCGGACGAGGUUCGGCAGGCAAGGCAGCGGCUAGAUCGGUGCUUCGGACUGGUGGAAAGGGUGGUGGGUCUGCUUAGGAAAGCUGCAGAGAAUGCUGCAAAUACUGGUACCGCUGAGGGAAAUCGCGUGUCAGCUGAUAAUGCACUUACCCAACAGGAUGGCAGGGGCGUCUGUGGCACCACUGAAGCAGCAGCAGCAGCAGCAGUGGCAUCCUCUCUCAAGCAUGUGAAGCUGUGUGUGCAGCUAGUGGACGGGACAAUAAAGGACGUGCUUGUGUUCCUGCAGCUGGCCCAGCAGCACGACUGCUGGUGCGACGACUCGGUGCUGGCGUGUGUGCGGCUGAUGGGGGCGUACCUGGCUGCUGCGCCCUCGGCCCACAGGAAACGGGCCGGGAGACUGCUGGGAUUCAUGCUGGGAGUGAAAGGGGAGCACGAGGAGAGGUCGCUCCUAGCGGUGCGCUACCUGCUGCCUGCUCUGCUGCCAAUCACCAGUGAGCCACGUGGCUGCACGUCAUUGGUCAAGAGAGGAGGCCAUAUUCAUCUCAUAGAGUACAUGGUGGAGGCAGCACGCACCAACAUGGUGCACCAGCUGCGGUCGGGGCCCGAGGGGCAGAUGAGCCUCAUGCAGGCUGCUGACGUCAUCCUCAACGUCUUCGCAAGCCGCCACUGCAUGCGAGUGCCUUUGGAUCCGCAUGACUUCGUGCCUCUACUUGCUGCCAUGGCAGGAUGGAGCAGCGUGAAAGGCAACGACCCCCGCACGACCUACAAGACCCUAGCCCUAGCAGCAUGCGUCAACGCGUCUGUGCUGGCACUGUCCUGUGAAGACGUGAUCAAGAAGAGGCUCGACCUGGCAACCUACAAGAAGCUUCCCAACUCAUUCGGGGUCAUCGUUAAAUUUCUCGAAUUUGGCCACCGGAAUAGCGCAUCGUUCAGUAGUGAGACCGAAAUACGGGAGCUCUGGGACAUCACUGUAGCAUCAUGCACCGAGUGCCUGCCCUUGUGGCCGCAGCUCAAGCGGGCAAUGGUCAAGUCGGAGUAUUGGGGGAAGGUCUCUCGAAACAAGCUCGUGACCCAGGAGCGCCUGAACCAGGUGUGCAAAGAUGGCAGGCUAAGGAAGCUGCUGGCCGUGGUGGCAUUCACCCCGUGAGUGAAGUCCUCGAAUUUGCAGGGUGUUUUACAGAAUUCUUUUAAGUCGACUCAACAGUCAACUCGGCGUUUUGAGAGUUUCUUGAAAACGCCCAGCUGUGGCAUUCACGCGAUGACAUCCUCCGUGGACCAAGUUCAUUAUUUAGGACGAGAUGAUCCAAUCCAAUAGGUACGAUGCGCUUUAGUAUGGUUUCCUUCCAAAAUGUAAUCUAGCUAUAGCGGGUAGCGUUAUUUUGGCGCUGCUGUAUAACACCAGCUGAGCUGACUGUACAGAACGCACAAGUCAGGUCGUACAGUACUGAAACCAA